UUGUUGUGUACAUCUAGCACAUCCAUUUGGGUCAAAUGCCCGUCUUGCGGUCGGAGAUAGGAAGCCAUUUAUCGGCAAGGAAACGCCAUUAUUUACCUAUUUUUGCAGGGAAUUUGGACCCAUUUUGGAUUCUAAAUGAUUGGAAUUAUACGUAAGGAUGACCUCUUCUUCAGGCAGUCCGAUAAGAGUCAACGUUUUCUCUUAAAUUUAGACCACGAUUGGAAUGGGGAAGCUGCACAAGUGAUUUCUACCCAAUUGAUGGUUCCAUUGCGCAUCACAGCCAAGAAACAGGAGUAGAGAGAGAUACACGUACAGAUUUGAACCAAGCAUUAGUGCUGACUGAGGAUCGGAGAGAGAAAGCGAAACAAAAUCCCUCUUAUUUUUGAACUUAUCAAGUUGGAUACAAAGAAAGCUGCAUCGACGUUAUUGCAUGUCCAUUGAACUGCCCUUCUAAAAAUAAGUGGUUUUGAUUAAGCAAUCUCCAUACACAUGCAGCAUUCUUUCGAUAGCUGAUGAGUGACUCCUGAACCACUGUACUGCUAUUGACAUGGAAAGACUUCAUGAUCAACAGACUGAAGAAGUUUCUCGCGGCGCCACCAUGCAUAUUCUACAUUUCCAUGCCGACUACAAAUUGUCUUCUGCUUCCCGUGAUCUCCUGAAUUUGCUCGGGAUGGCUGCUAAUGUGUAAACUGGGAAUACAGCGCAGCAGUUUAGCAGUUGGUGAUAAAACUGAUGAUAAUGAUAAAUGCUCUGUAUUUUAAAAAAAAGCAGCUCACUUCAAUAGAUAUUGAAUUUGUGGAGUGAUUUGUACAGUUUGGUGAUUAGAAUAUUGAGCACACCCUUUAAGAUAAUCCAACGACUAGUAUCCGCAUCUGUGCUCUAAAUGAGUACAGUGCACAUAACUUCACCAAUCUGUUUCAGUAACUGAACUCGAUAUAAGAAAUCAAAUGAUGUCAAAAGGGAAAGUGAGCUGACAAGGGACUAUUUAAACACUGAACACUCGUCCAUAUUGGAUUAUAUAAGGAGCCGUACAACGGAGAGUAGCCAAACUGAAGAAGUUUGAAGACAUUAGGACGUCGGUAGCGUACGGAGGGGACAAUAUGAGUGUCUACAUCGACGUCCACUUUAUACGCUGCCUCAAACGCAACCCGGAUGAGAGAACGCAAGAUGAUCUGCAGUGUAUAUUUGCCCAUCUUCAUGAUCUGGAGGCGCUGCGGUCAUUACGAGAGCCAGCCAUCAGGGAGAUCGCUAAGACGGUCAGAUACGAACGGCAUGAGGCCAACGAUAUCCUCUAUUGUCGAGAUGACCUGAGCACGUGCUGGUUCAUACUUCUCUCAGGGUCUGUGUUUAUAGACCAUGCUAUGUACCUACCAAGAAGCAGUUUUGGUAAACGAACAUCAGGGAGCGGAAGAAGAGGAACAGACUGUUUGAUUUUAGAACCUUCAGAACUUCUUGUGAUUGAUUACCCCGAUGCACAGUUACUGCACCCUGGCCAGAGGCAAUCCUGCACCCCUACCAACCUGGAGCGACUGAUGGCGCUGGAGCAGGACGAAGUCAAGGUCUCCGCCAACCAUAGAGGGCGAUCUUUGAGCGAGGACCGAAGCCACGAGGAUGAUCAUGAGCCUCUUCCUUCUAUACGUCUUGAGCGAGCUCUCUCUGUGGGCAGCGAGAAGAAAUACAACAAAAAGGAUCUCGACGAUGUCCAGAUUAUCAUGGAUAACAACCCCGAUUCCCACCCUCGCCACCUGAUGGCGCUCUCCGCCCACAACACUCCAACGCACACCGUCAGCAGCGGCGAUCGUAGCUCGAUGCACAGCAGUAUGAGUAGCAGUUACUCGGAUAUCUACUCUGCAGCGGAAAACCAAGAUCUGGAUCUGAGUGGCCUGGUGGAGAGCACCGUGGAUUCGGAUGAAGAGGAAUCCAGUGAAUCAGGGUCUCUUCUUGUAAGGGAUCUUGUACGAGACUGUCUGGAGAAAGAUCCGAUGCAUCGAACGGAAGAUGAAAUAGAGCUACUACUAGACUUCAUGCGUCACCUUCCUGCAUUUGCCAACAUGACGAUGUCAGUGCGGAGAGCAUUGUGUUCUGUCAUGGUGUUUGCGGUCGUCAGUAAGGCUGGAACAGUAGUCAUGAAAGAUGGGGAAGAGCUUGAUUCGUGGUCUGUUAUAUUGAAUGGUCAUGUAGAAGUAUCUAAACCGGACGAGAGCGUCGAUGAACUCCAUUUAGGAGAUAGUUUUGGAGUGAAACCAACCAUGGAAAAACAGACUCAUUCCGGAGUCAUGAGAACAACGGUGGACGACUGUCAGUUCGUCUGUAUAGCGCAAGAACAUUACUAUAGGAUAUUAACACAGGGUGAAGAGAACAUCAGGAGAAUAUCAGAGGAUGGAGUCUUGGUAAUGGUCACUGAACAUAGAGUCCUGGAUGAGAGACGGUUUGGACAUGUCGUCAUUAAGGCUACACCAGAUCGACUCGUAUCUCAUCUGAUUGCCAACCAUUCACCCAUUGAUCCUACCUAUGUCGAGGACUUCCUGAUGACGUACAGAACAUACAUGGACAGCCCACAUCAGAUAUGUAGCUGUCUUCUUCACUGGUUCCAUGAUAUAGAAAUGAGAGAUAAGGUGACUCGUGUGGUGCUACUCUGGGUGAACAAUUACUACAAUGACUUUGAGAGUAACUUUGACAUGAUUGAAUUCCUGGAAGAAUUCGAGGACAACCUUGAAAAAGAGAAUAUGACGGGUCAACUGAGGUUAUUACAUAUAGCAGGAGCAGCCAAGGCCAAACCAAGAACAGUUAUUCUGGCUCGAUCAGACAGAGAGUCAUCAUUAGCAUUCAGUAUUGUAGGAGGAUGGGAGAAGAAGAUGGGUAUCUUCAUCUCAAAGGUAGACAAAGGAUCCAAAGCUCAGAAAGUGGGUCUACGCAAAGGAGACCAGAUCCAAGAAGUGAAUGGACACAACUUUGAGCAUGUGACCAACGAGAAAGCAGAAAAGAUCUUAAAAGGAACAACACAUCUCAGUAUCAUAGUCAAAUACAACACCCUAGCAUUCCGUGACCUGCUGGCUUCUCAGGACAGUCGCCCCGGUAGUACAGGUCGUCGGGCCAGUCAAGAGAUAGCCCUCCUUCAGAGCGACCCUCUAGCCAGACUAGGGCUACCGGACAUGACGAUGUCGUUCACCGGUCCAGAAAUCAAGGAUAAAUCCAAGUUGGACAAGAAAGGGGCUUUCGGCAAGAACAAGGCGAAGCUCAUGAGAACCAUGGCAAAACUAAGCAUACUACCCAACAAGCCCAAUGCCAAAGAUGACAACGUGUCGGCUGGAUUGAUGCGUAGCGGUCGUGCAAACAGCCUGGCUAGCAACCCCUAUCUCAGUAACAGUAACCCGGACCUGUCCUCAUUGCCGAGUGUAUCGUACUUUGAUGGAGGAGGAGGGGGAGGGUAUGGCUAUAAUGACUUCCCUGAACAUGUGCUGAAGAUUUACAAGGCAGACCAGUCUUGCAAAUACUUCCUUGUUCAUAAGGAGACUACAGCCAAUGAAGUAACCAUGCUGUCCAUGCGUGAGUUCAAUGUAACCGAACCAGCGUGUACGGGGAAGUAUUCCCUCUGUGAGGUGACUGUCGGUCAAGGUGGACUGGUCAAGCAGAAGAGACUACCUGACCAUCAAGCCAACAUUGCAUCAAAGCUCAGUCUCAACGGUAGACUGUUCCUCAAGAACAACAUGGCCUCAGAGACUCUCAUGCCGGAUGAAGUGGCCGUGGAGCUGCUGAAGGAGAGCCAAGUGAAUUUCCUGCAGCUUGACAGUGUUGAGGUUGCCGUCCAGUUCUCUCUGCGUGACUAUGCCAUCUUCGAGGCCAUCGAACCGACCGAUUACAUAGAGGAUCUAUUCAAUCUCAAGCCCCAAGGCAAGAAGGAUAUCGACAGACUAAAAGCAUAUGAAGAGCUGGUAAACCUGGAGAUGUUCUGGGUCAUUUCUGAGGUCGUGAGUGAGCCCAGUAUCAUGAAGAGAGCCAAGAUACUCAAAAACUUCAUCAAGAUAGCAAGGCAUUUCAAGGAUUGUCACAACUUCAACUCUCUGUUUGCUGUGAUCAGUGGGCUGGGUCACGGCUCAGUCUCGAGGCUACGCUUGGCCUGGGAUAAGGUGCCCAGCAAGUACAUCAAGAUGUUUGAAGAUCUACAGGCGCUGCUCGAUCCUUCGCGGAACAUGUCAAAGUAUCGCAACCUAAUCAACGCCGAGAAUGUUCAGCCUCCUUUGAUGCCAUUCUUCCCAAUUGUGAAGAAGGAUCUGACUUUCAUCCAUCUCGGCAACGACUCGUACGUAGAGGGCCUCAUCAACUUUGAGAAGCAGAGGAUGGUUGCUAGGGAGGUCCGAUACUUCCAUAGCAUGGGCAAUGCUCCAUAUGAUCCCAAACAUCUCCUGACACCCGUCCAGACUCAGAGCAACUCGUACGGCUUCAGCGUUGUUUCAGGCACGGCUACGUUACCAAGGAAACGCAAUCAGAACAGACGCAACUCGGGGCUUCUCAACCCUAAAAAGAUGUGGGAGGAGGCUCAGAUGUCUCGUAGAGUGAAGAUGUACAUGGCGAACCUGACUGUGAUACAAGAUGAGGACCAACUCAGAGAUAUGUCACUCAGAUGUGAACCAGUAGCAAGCUCAGGCGGUAGCAGCAGUAACAGCGGCAGUUACGCCACCCUCCCACGCCGUACCCAUCACAACUCCGCUUCCAAUGUCUCCCAAUCCUCCCUGGAUCCCAGCGAUACCGCCUCCAUUUCCUCCUCCUCUUCCCUCAUGCCCCCGCCCUCCCAGACGGCAUCCUCUGGCCGUCUGCCCCACCCCAAGCCGUCGUCCCCGACGCACGGGCGGGAUCCGAGGGAGGAGAAGCUCAAACAGAUAAUCUAUAAGGACGCGCCCAAGACGUCUUUUGGUGCGACAUCCCCCAAAAACCUCAAGAAACUGCUCUCGUUAUCCGAAGAGGGAGACAAACACAUAAAGACGCUGCGCAUGGAUCGAUCGUCGAAGGGUGACGACACCGUGGCCUCCAUGAUGAGCUCCCCGCCCACCUCACCGGGAGCUAAGUCGUCGAAGCGGUUUCGGAAGCUCGGGAUCGUCAACAAGAUGAACAACAUGUCGACUGGGUCGUUGGAGCCGAGGCAGAGGCGGCCGCUGAGUCCCCAGAGAAGCGAUAGCGGAUACGGCGGAAGCGAAGCGGGAUCCCAAAGCGGUCGGGUCGAGCACGAUCCUCGUAGGAGACACACCGUUGCUUCUGGUCCGCCAGCGUCUGCUUUCAUUGGUGGUGGUAUAGGUGCGUACGACAGCUCCGACUCUGGGGGCGGGCUUUCUUACGAUACGCAGAGCAACUCAUCCUUUGGAUCGUCAUCGCCACCCACGCGUGAUAACCGGUUUGUCAGAGACGCAGGAACGCAUUCCAUGCACACGUACAACAAGGCCCAGGCCUUUACCUGCGGUCAGAGGGGAUAUGCAUCGUACCCAAGGCCCCGCCCCCCUCCCGACUAUCACACGGUCAGAAAGACCGUUUCACAUAAAAAAGUCCCUCCUCCUAAGCUCUACUCUCCGCCCCCUCAGGAGAUGCAAGAGAGAAAACCACCUGAUUAUGAGAUAGCAGCUGCCAGAGCACGGGACUUGCCACGUAGUAGUGAAUCUUGCGAUUUCUACGACUCAGAUAAUGAGCAAGUAUCUGUUGUAUGAUGUCAUCUUUGGUAUACGUCUUCGCUCCGCACCACAAUCAUUGGUAGAUGACCUUACGACCUCCGCUCUCCGACUCUGUCAAGCUCCAAUUGUCCCACUAGGUAUUACGGUGGUAGAUGACCUUAUUGGUAGAUGACCUUAUGACCUUGUGACCUCUGUGCUGUCAAGAAAUCCAGCUCCGAGUGUCAAACACCAGUAGGUCGUACAUUGGACAGAGGAAUCGCCAAACACAUUCUAGUGAAGACAAACUUUAUGCAAGGAGUUCAGCCAUCGUGUUUGGAACUUUCAAAAUGAUCAUGGAGAGCGUCACAAGUGAUACACCUGAAGGAGUUGUUAAGAGAGACCAUGAGGAGGGAAUCCAACUCCAACCGACCUUCAUUCUGUGCUUAUUUUUCAAUUUUAACUGAGAUAUCGAUGUCAUGAACUCCUUAUAACAUUUGAUGAGCUUCUGUAUAAGAUAUUAUCAGGAUGAAUACUCGUAUGACAAAAUAGAAAGUGGCCAAAUUUGAUCCUUUGUUGAAAUGUAUUAUGACAACAAUUACGUGCUGUGAUCUGCGUAGUCCCAGCUGUAGGAAAUCGUGUUAUUUCUUUUGCCAGUCUUCAGGAUUGGCCUCCAGUCCAGUCUGACACAUGGAUACAGAUACCAUCUGCCCUAUACAUCAAUAUGCAAACUCUUGUAUAGGACAGCCGUGUAUGCUUCACAAUGUCUUGUGUAAGUACCGUAGUUAUUCUGCAAGCCACACGAUGGAAGGAAUGUGCAAAGUCUAUAGCAGUCAUAUCUGUGUCUCCUUGUCUUCACGUUGUUUCGGUGCAAGCGGUGUUGCGAAUGUGUUUGUAGGCAUAAAGGAACUAGAUUAACGCAUUGCCAUUGUAGAGACAGAUGAAUGCUUUAUUCUGCAGUUCUCUUUUAUAGACACCGUUUCUCUUUUCUUUUUUAAAAUGUGUUUGACAGUGUGUGUGCAAUUUCUGUACAGAGUUUCAGUUGUACAUUAAUGGUGAAAGUUUUAUCAAUUCCAAAUUAGUUAUGUUUAAAGGGAAGAGUCCCUCCUAUCUUAUGUAUUAAAGUCUUUUUUUUUUAUUUUUUACAAUUCUGUAACAUUGUACAGAUCUUAUGAAUUUGAAUAUGAAUAUGCAAAGAAAGGAAGGAAAAAAAUUGCCACUAUUUGCCAUUGCUAUUAGAAUCUCCCCUGGAGCAUCUUCAGUUCUGUACAAAUAGUUUUAGGGGAUAUAGGUCCGUUUCCACAUACCCUCUUUUAAAAAUUCAUGCGAGUUACGUUGCAUAAGUCAGGAUUGGGGUUAACCACUUUGUAUGUAAAUUGUUUACAGUGUGAACUGAUUAAUUUCUAAUGACUACCUGUAGAACUGGUGUUUUUUUUAUUUCAUUGUUUCAUCAAAUAACCAAAACGUAAAUCAUUUCUCACAAUCACUAUUACCGGUAUGCAAACUGAACUACCCAAAAUUCCUUUGUAUUAUUAUGCAUCAAGCAUGCUUUUACCCCCGACAUGGGCAGAAUUUUGUGAUGUGUAUUUUAUUUUUAGUCAAGACAAUAAAUAAAGUACAAUACACACAACAAAGAAAUGUUGUGGAUAAGAACGUUCAUGCCACAUGUUUGUGUAGUCCCAUGUACACUUUUCUGUGUGCAAUACAUGCGACUCUUGGCAAGACUAAGCCAAUUUUUUAUAAUUUUGAUGAAUCAA